GCCAAAAUUACUACACCUACAGUACCUACCCCUAUGUACCCACGUAUUUCAAACUUUAUUGUUUAAAAAUAAUAACAUAACAAUAUAUUAAUCUGCGAUCACAAAUAAACGAUGGAAUUAAAAACAUUCGCCGAGGAUGAUUUCGACCCAAAGAAAUGGAUAAAUAGAGUUUGGAGCAAUAGCGGGAACCAAGAGAAAGAGAUUUUUGUCACCAACACGGUCCAAAGACUUCAAUUGUAUAUGAAGCAGUUGACAAACUCAUUAGACGAAACUACAACACAGGUGGUAACAUCGAUACCUCAUGUGCUUCAAGAUGCAUUAGCACUACAGAUGGAGGGAGCACUUCUUCACGAGAAAGUCCUGGCUUUAGAGCAGAAGGUUCAAGAAGUCGAGGAGGAGACUGGUCAUUCUAUCGAGAGCCUUCAAAGGAUUGAUCAACUUAAAAGUCGGUUGGAGAAUGCAGCCUCGGCUCUUCGCGAAGCCGACAAAUGGGCUGCUCUGGCAACGAAACUGGAAGAUGUACUGGAAUCGGGUGUACCAACGCAGAAGGAUAAGCUGGAUGAGCUCUCAGAACUUGUGGUUGCGAUGACUGCCAGUCUCGAGGUCCUCAGUGACGCGCCAGAUUACGACAGCAAGAAGAUGCAAUUAGAAACGCUAUACAAUAGACUAGAAGCUUCCAUAAGUCCGCCUUUAAUUGAGGCCAUCACGCAAAUGGAUGCAGACCGCGCAGCGAUAUACGUGAAGCUGUUCUGCGGGAUGUCGCGUACGGUGUCCGUGUGCCGGUGUUGGCGUAGGGCUGCCGCCGCCAGGAUGGCGUCGUCCUGGAGGAGGCUUGACGCGCACACCGUGCCAGCCCUGAGUAGACUGCUGACCGGAGAGGCUAAUAAACAGGUAGACUGGCUGACCAAUGUGUUGAAAUCGGAAACACCCUUAGCAGAACUUAUUAGAUUGUACACAGACCUGCUUCUCUCUUUGGAUCCGUCGCCUGCUAAGAUAGUCUCGGCCAGUCUGAAGCUGUGUUCGAACCCGGAGGAGGGUGUCAUCCUACUGACCGACCUGAGGCAAGAUAUUAAUGAAUUUGUGAAUUUUAUGAAGGGAAUAAUGGAAGCCCCCAAACAAAAUAAAGAGUCAAUACUGCCGGCGACGGUGCGGGAAUUGGGCAGAGCGGCGUACGCACCCCUGAGGGACUCCUUGCCUAAAUAUGCAGAAUUACAAACCCAGUUAUUGUUGGCCAACCUUAAUGAUUCCAGACUCGAUAACGAGGAGGAUUUACUAGAACAUUCCAGAGCCAUACUUCAAGUAGCUGAUAGAUGCGACGGAUGGCUUUCGUCUUCCUACAACGGGGCCAAGAAGAUCGGCGGCAUUGCAAUCUACCCUUUCUAUAUGCCCGCCGUCGAGGCCUUCGUCAGCGCCAUAUCCAACAGGAUCUCCUCUCACAGCCGUCGAAUAGAGAGUGAGUUCCUAUCAUCGGUGACUGCUGGUGUCUCCACCGGAGUUCUCUCGAACACAUUCCCCGCGUCCCUAGUUCUCGAAACAGCCACCGCCACUGUACUGGAUACUCUGGCUGAGAGGCAGAAGUCGGAAGUCGAAGAAGAGCAAAAGGAGAGUCAUCCCCUAGUCGAUUUACCGACUCUAUUGCUCGAUUCGGAAACGAGGCAACGUCUGUCGGCCAUCAGAUCAGAGCCUCCAGGGUCGACGGCCGCCCUACGACGCUCGAGGGAACACUUACGCUCUCUCGCCAAGUCUAUACUGCGGCACCCGGUCGAAUUGCAACUCGAUAAGAUAUCGCAACUGGCCGUGUGGAGUAACAAUGAUGCGUUAUCCACCGACCUCCCAGACUUCGCGAUUUCGCCCCAAGAAUACAUCACCGAGAUCGGACAGUACCUGAUGACUUUGCCGCAACAUCUCGAAUUGCAUUUGUCCGAGAAACAAGCGCCCUGGCAGUUCUUGACCGAUGUGUGCAACCACACGUGCGAAACGUAUGCAGAUAAGAUUAUGAAUAUAAAAAAUAUGGAUGCGUUAGGAACGAAGAGAUGUCUCACUGAUAUUGUAUACCUGUCCAGCGUAGUUGAAGAUCUAGGGUCUUCCGUGACACCAGCGUUGAAGAACUUGGAGAAUUCGUUGCGAGCUGCCACGCCGGCUCUACACAGUCAAAAUUAGCGUAAAUAAAUGUUAUUGAAAUAUAAAGGCUUUAUUAAAAUUAUUGUUUGAA